UGCCCUGUGUUCCUGGACCCAGGCUGCUGACUCAGGAACCCCUUCCCGUCCCGCCCCCCUGCCCCACGCGGGCGCCCCCAGGCGGAAGCACCAGGCCAGCAGGGAAGGGGGCGGGGCAGGGAAGCUGACCAGCCCCCCCAGGCCAACCUGAGGUGUACCCCAGAACUUGGGAGGCCAGGAGUUAUCCCAGCUGGCAGCACCGGCGAGGCACUGCCCUGUGGGUGCUGUGAAGCUCUAGGGCCGGGUGUCCCGGCCCCAGGCCAGCAGUCAGGGGGGGCAGAUGCGUCACCAUCGCCCGCCCCCCCCCCGCCCCUUGCCCGCCCAAACUCCACCCCAGGGAAGGCGGCGCGGAUAAAGGCUCAGGGGCCGCCCGGCUGUCCCCAGACCGGCACGGCCACCUCUCACCACGACCUGCGCGCAGGUCAUCUGGAGCAGUGGUGACCCAGGACCUGCGGCGCCGGAUCCUGCGAGCGGCGGCUGCGGCUGUUGCUAAGGGAAGAGACGCGCGGGGUAGCACGACCCGAGAGGAAUCCAGGCACCGUGCGGACCGGGAAAGCUCGCCCCGCUUCCGUAGGACCCUCCCCGCGCCGUGCCCAGGUCGCCGUCCUCCGCCCUUGAAGCAGCCGGAUCGCAGACCCCACCCCGGGGCGCAACCCAGGGAUCCCACGCGACCCCGGAGCACCACUCGGAUUCUCGCUUGCUAGCGUGGGGACCUUCCCCAAGGGGCGCCCUGUCCCUGAGCGCCCGCGGCGCGGAGGAGGACCUCGUUUCGGCGGGGGAGUCCCGGCGAGGAUUGGAGGCGACCCGCGGACCCCAGGCCUCCUGCGCUCGCCGGGGAUGGAGCCGCAGCCCGGCGGCGCCCGGAGCUGCCGGCGCGGGGCCCCCGGCGGCGCCUGCGAGCUGAGCACGGCCACGGAGUCGGCCGCACCCAUGACCCUGGCGAUCCACAGCACCACGGGGACUCGCUACGACCUGUCCGUGCCCCACGACGAGACCGUGGAAGGGCUGCGCAAAAGGCUGUCCCAGCGCCUCAAAGUGCCCAAGGAGCGCCUGGCCCUGCUGCACAAAGACACCCGGCUCAGUUCGGGGAAGCUGCAGGAGUUCGGCGUGGGGGAUGGGAGCAAGUUGACGCUCGUGCCCACGGUGGAAGCCGGCCUCAUGUCCCAGGCCUCGAGGCCCGAGCAGUCUGUUAUGCAAGCCCUGGAAAGUUUGACCGAGACCCAGCCCCCAGCGACACCCGGGCCAGGCCGGGCUGCCGGAGGAGGCUUCCGGAAAUACAGAUUGAUUUUAUUUAAGCGUCCGUGGCACCGACAGGGACCCCAGAGCCCAGAGAGGGGCGGCGAGAGGCCCCAGGUCAGUGACUUCUUGUCGGGCCGAUCACCCUUGACUCUGGCCCUGCGAGUUGGGGAUCACAUGAUGUUUGUACAGUUGCAACUGGCCGCCCAACACACCCCGCUCCAGCACCGCCACGUGCUCGCCGCUGCCGCCGCAGCCGCCGCCGCCCAGGGAGAUGCCAGUGUCACCACCCCAGUGUCCUCGCCCUGUAGGCCGGUGUCCAGUGCCGCCCGCGUCCCCCCGGUAUCCAGCAGCCCUUCACCUGUGUCUCCCUCACCCGUCACCGCUGGCUCCUUCAGAUCCCAUGCAGCCUCCACGACCUGUCCUGAGCAGAUGGACUGUUCCCCGCCAGCCAGCAGCAACGCCACGUCCACGUCCACCCCAGGCGGCGGCGGUGGCGGCAGCCCCACCCCGCGCUCCCGCAAACCCGGUGCCGUCAUUGAGAGCUUCGUGAAUCACGCUCCCGGGGUCUUCUCAGGGACCUUCUCUGGAGACCGUCUGCGACAGACAGAGAACCGCGCCACACGCUGUAAAGUGGAACGUCUCCAGCUCCUGCUGCAGCAGAAGCGCCUGCGAAGGAAGGCCCGGCGGGACGCCCGGGGUCCCUACCACUGGACCCCCAGCCGCAAAGCCGGCCGCAGCGACAGCAGCAGCAGUGCCGGAGGAGCUAGCCCCAGUGAGGCUGGAGGCUUGGGUCUCGACUUCGAGGACUCCGUCUGGAAGCCGGAAGUCAACCCGGACAUCCAGUCCGAGUUCGUGAUGGCUUAAAGGAUCCAGCCCCUUGGGUCUGUCACAUCCCCACUCCAGACGUGGGCGGGUGGGGCGCCACAGCCUGGACGCUGAGUAGCCCAGCUCUGGGGGGCAGGAGGUCACCUCCAUCGCCACUCACCAGCCUUUGAUUCUUUUUUAGCUCUUCCCCGAUUGUCUGCCCUGCAUCCCUGGUCACAUGCCCAUCUCUUUCCUCCCUCACUGUGGUCGGUUCUGGUGGCCUCUGCACCAGGGCCCUUGCCUCCCACCUUCUCCAGCUCCAAAUAUGUAGCAGUCUGUUCCCAGAUGGCCCAGACGGAGGAAGCCACCCACCCCCAGCCCUUCCGUUCUGCCUAGCUCUCCCCUACCCCCCCCCCCUUCCAUAACCCGAUUCAGGUUUUUAACUCAAAAUGUAGACUCUCCAAGAAGCACUUUACAGAUGAGGGCUGGGGACCCCGAGAUGAGCAUCCACCACCCCCACCCUCAUCUGCAGACUUGGCCUCCAUUCCAGGAGGCCAGCUGGAUCCCCCACCCUCCCGCCCCGAGAAGCUAAUAGAUGAGGCUCACAGGGGAUACCUUUGUCCACAAUGCCUUCCUCCUGCCUCAGCCUCUCAAGUGCUAUGACGACAGGCCUUUGCCACUGCCUGGCUGGCCCUGCUCUUGCCACAAAAAGCUAGUUAGGUGGAGAAUGCUGAGGCUGGGGGUUGGUUGGGUGGAGAUGCUCCUCUUCCUCACAGGAAAGGACAGGCCUCUGGCCACCUUCUGUGGACACCGCCCUCCCUCCCUCCCUGCACACACCCACUGAUUUCCCUAACCUUCCUUCCCGAUGGAGCUUGGGGACUAUUUAUAGAUUUCACUUUUCUGACUGAGCCAGUAGGGGUUGAUAGUCUGGGGGGGGUGGGGGGACUGAGGUAGAUGUUAGGAGGGGCCCAGAGAGACCCCUGUACCUCUUCUCCCCAAGCCCAACUUGAGGUGCGACCACACCUGCAGCCAGGGUGGGGAGUGGGGUGCUGAGCUGUGACUGCAUCAUUAACCCCGCCCUGGGGAGGGCAAGCUGCUGGUCCACGUUGGCCUCACUGAUCCAUGGGUGACAGCCCCCCCCCCACACCGGGGCCUCGUCAACAAGGGUGAAUCUCGUGGGUGUGAUUUUUCUCCAGAUGUUUAAAUUUCGUGCUAAUGGGAUGUGCCCACCCCCAAGGCUGUCACCUGUCUGGGCUCCACCUGUCCGAAGUCCUUCGUUAGUCUGUGAACCCCAGGCGUCUGCCCCCCCCCCCCCGCCCCACCCCAGUGUUUACCCUUAAUGGUUUGGGAUGUGAACAAGUGUUGGCUGUAGCUGUAAAGUUUUUUUGUGGUGGGUGGGUGGGGAGGGGACUGAUCCCUGAGGGUAGAGGCCAAGAAUUUGGUUUUUGGUUUUUUUUUUUUUCAAUCUUUUUUCCAAAAAGAAAAGGGAGGGGGGGUAAGUGGGUGCAUUUUUUUAAGCUGUCUUGGAUACCUAUUUAAAUGUGUGUGUUUUUUUGGGUUUUUUAUGAUUUUUUUUUAACUGCCUGUGAUGUGUCCCCUGGGCUGAGGUUGGAUGCCUCAGGUAGCCCACCCAUAGUUCCCUCCUGCGGACGGACUUUCCCCAGAUAGCAUUAGCCACCCUUGGGGAGAGAGCCCGGCUGUGGGGGACCCUCCUCGCCCAAGUCUCCUUUUAUUGAAAUGAAAUUCGAGGGGAGGGGGAGAAACCUUACGCGAGCACCUAAUUUCAAAUAAACACAUGAGACGUGA